AUGUUUUAUAGAGCAGAAGGUUCCGUCUUCUCGACUCCCUCCUCUCUUCUUCCCAUCCGGCUCACGAUGUCGCUUCAGUCCACAUUCCGCGCAUCGCAACAGGAGCAAAAGGCGCCGGCGUUGUCGUGCUUCUGCUCGACCAAAAGCAUGGAAGCAACAACAGAGGAAUCAACGGGUAUAGCUAUGACGAUAAUGAUUGACCAAACGUACGAGUUCUUACCCUCCUUCGGUUCCUAA